UGUAGUUUAGAGACUCAGUCGAACAUCAGACGCCAAGGUGUCCACACGAAAGCACGGUCGUUGUCAGAAUUCCAUGUACAGUGUAAGAUAAAUUCUGACAUGUACAAGGUACGUCAGUGAUCACGCCGCCAUAUAUUUGUGGAUUACGCGUUACAUACGAACGUGCACGUUUUUUGUGAUACUGUGAAAGUGUAAAGAUUCAAAAUAAACUACGGGUUUACUUCUACAAGAUGUCCCCUGGCAUACCCCAAGACGCCAGCCUACUUGAACUACACGCCGACACUGUGUUGCGUGCGCGAUGGGAUGGACGGGACGUGGACCACAAGGCAGUGGGCGGUCACCUCCCCCUCAGCAAGAGGAACUCCACACCUGUGGGAGCCUCCCUGGCUGCACCCUCUGCCCACACCCAGCUUCUGCAUGCUCAUGCUAAAGCUGCCCUCUCGCCCAUAGAGCCAUCCAACAUGCACCGCCGGCUGGACCGUUCCCACUCGGAGCCUGUCAAAGGUGGGGAGGGACGCCAGGCCAACUCCUCGCGUUACAAGACUGAGCUCUGCCGACCUUUUGAAGAGAAUGGCUUCUGCAAGUAUGGUGACAAGUGUCAGUUUGCUCACGGUCACGCCGAGCUGCGCACUCUCUCCCGUCACCCCAAAUACAAAACAGAGCAAUGCCGCACCUUCCACACCAUCGGCUUCUGUCCCUACGGCCCUCGCUGUCAUUUUAUCCACAACCCUGAAGAGAGACGGGGAUCAUUGGCUGGCUCUCACCCGCCACUCUCACCCAAGAUCUCACUCACCAAUACUCACCCAGCACUCUCCCGACCCCAGAUGCUACAGAUGGGAUCAUCUCUGGCACCACUGGGGUCUGCUGCAGAAUCGCCCUCGCCUCCUGCCUCGCUCCACGGCUCCCCCACCUCCUCAGGCGGGUCCUUCUUCGACGAUGCCUUCACUCUCUUUCCUGGUGGGUGCGGUCUGGCCGGUGCUAAGGGCUUCUUGGAUGGACUCUCAGUUGGACUGGGGUCUCCAGGGAUGAGUGGAGGGCCUGGAUCUCCUGGAGGAUCAUCCUACGGUGGUCGCGCUCUUAGCGAGCUGGACUUGGUCCGAGAGGGAACACUUCUCUCGCUCGCAGGGCUUGACACUCCGCCCGUCAGUCCUGUAGAGUCUCUUGCUGGAGACUUGGAUUCACUCUCACUCUCCUCCUCUCACUCAGCCUCUCCUACCCCAGUCACGAGUGCCCUCGACAUCUCACGCUCACUUCGUCUCCCCAUUUUUGAGCAGCUGUGUGAGCAAGACUAGAUAGCCAGCGCUGACCCAGUGGCCGUGACAGCUCAAAUUGUGAUAGUGGCGGCCACGGGCGGCUCCUGUGGGUGACUGUGUCGUGAUAGUUUACGAGUGGAUAAAGGCAGCUCCUGGCACCAUCACUAGUGGUUCCCGAGCCCACGGGCCCCGGGGAUCUGGGCCUAGUCUUAUUUAAACCCUGGUGAGGACUUGCAGAGUGGCUGCCCUUAUCCAGGGAAUCAAUAAGGGAGAAUAGAAGGUUAUCAAAGGUUUGAGAACCAUGACACAGUCACCCAGUGCCCAAUACCUUGUACAGCGUGGAGUAUGUUAUGCCCCUGAUCCCCGUGCCCACAUGCCCACCUCCACCCAUGUACUGCUUGUGAUAUUGGGGCGUCCAUGGCGCGGCGCCCACAACCUUAGAGUUUAUGAAGGGUUGGUGAGGCAGGGUGGCGGGAACGAAUGCACCCUCCAACACAGCUCUUGUACAGAACAAACUUACUUUUUUGUAAUUAAGAAAACUGCUUGUAUUUAUGUAAUUUAUUUAUUUGAGUGAAGUAGAAAAGAAGUAAUUUAUCUUUGUACUAUACCUAGAUGCCAUACAGUUUGUGUUAUUCAGUUUGCUGCUGCCUCACAUAUCCAGCUAAUACAGUGAGCGUCGUUAAUCCGACUACUCCACAUGCCCAGCCAUUGUAAAUCACAUGCAAUAUAUAUAUGUACAGUAUAUAUAUAUAUAUACACACGCACACACACACAAAUAUAUAUAUACAGUACAUACAAAUAUCUAUAUAUCCAAUUUUAUAGAAAUCUUUUAUUAACUUAUGUUUAUUGACUUUGUGGCAAUGUUUGUAAUGGUUGGAGUCUAGGGAAGCCUUAAGGGACCUCCGGCCGCUGGAGGUGUUGGGGGGGAGGUUGGAGGUGCUUGCUCCGGUCGGAUUAAUAGCGGACCACUGGACCGACCACCUGUUGCCACCUGUGCUUGCUAAGCCGACCCUACCUCACCUGUCUCGACCACAGAUCUUCCAACUCAGAUUGGCUCAUCUUGUUAGGGUGAGUUGACCACAGUGCCAUGCCUUUCAUGUUGGGGCGUGUCAAUUAUCGAUUAUGCCCAUUAUUUUGGUCCAAGUCGAGUGUUGAUUAUAGCCUUAUUUGACAGGGUCAUGGCACCGGGCCGACUCCUCGGGGGGCGUGGCGAGGCAGCCCGCGGGAGUGUCGCAUCGGGCGAGCAGGUCGACGGUCACCUGACCUAGGGAAUAACACGCUUACCAACCAAAGACGGAUUUGGUUCCGGCAAUGAGAAGAGAGAUUGCCUUCCUUGUUUUUAGGCUUUUUCUAAUUUAGAAACGAUGCUUUAUAAUUUUCAUAAAACCGUGUUAAAGGCAGUUACUUUAUGUAAAGGUAUGUUUUUUUUUCUUUGCCAGAGCGGCGUGUACCUAGGCUAGGAGACGCCUAUAGUUGUGAGGGUGAAAAUAUACCCACCUGAUAAUUUGAAUGUGACGAGAUUGGCCACCAUAAGUCACCCAAGACGGCUGUAAGAUUCUCUUUUAUAAUUUUGAGAAGGGCUAAUACCUGUGUGUAUUACUCUGGAGAAUACGUCACUGCUCAAAGAUUGGCCCCAGUCUGCUAAUUGUUAUUGCUGAAGACUAUUACUUUUCACAAGUGAAGUACUCUUAAUUUGUAACACAAUUUUUUACAAACCGUCUUGUUAGACUGGAGGCUGCCAGUCGGAGCACAACUACAGGCCCCCUGUUGCCAGGGAGAUUUGACCCCUUGUCACUUAAGGGGAGAGAAAGGUCACAAUGGCUGAAUAAUGGUAUAAAAAGUGCUUUAGUUUAUCAUAUUUGUCGUGUACAAUAAUGUUAUGUAUUUUAUUUUUGUAUAGUUAAUUUAAAAAACAAAUUUUUUUUGUGUUGACCUCGUUCUCCCUUCUUGAAAAAAGACACCUGUGGCGGGAAGGUUGGAGGGCCCCUCGUGCUAUUAUUUAAAAAUACCCUCAUCUUUUUUAAUAACUUUAAAAAUUACCACACAUUUUUUUAAUCACUAACAAGAAUUGAAAACUUAAUUAUUCGCCCAUUAUUCGAGGGGGGGUUGUUGGCCGUCAUAACAGAUAAUUCGCAGUAUAUGCAGUGGAUCUCUGUGUCUGUCCCCCGAGGAUCAGUAAUUCCAUGUACAGGUCUGGUUUGGAGGAGUGGACAAUAUGUGGGAACUUGAGAGGAAGGAGAGUUCGCUGUGUAUGCGGUGGAGUGAUGGAGACGUGUGUGGUCAGAUUGGCUUGUAAUAUUUAUAAGCCACUGGUCAUUAUUCCAAAAGGUGUCCCUGUGCUUUAACGCCUCUCCCGUCUACCCUCAGUGUAGUGUAUGUUAGCAUUAUUUAUAUUCUAGCUCCUCUUUACUUUUCUAGUGCUUUCAAAAGUCUAUAAAAAAGUAUUAUUAAUAAGUUUGUUAUACAGUAUAUUGUAUAUUAUAUAUUGUCGUCAGGACAAAGAGAGGAGGCAGCCUGUGAAGGACUCGUUUCCUAUGAAGAGUGAGGGGACGUGCUCCUGUGGAUCUCACAUAUGGACUGCUGGAGCCAUGCCAUGUUCCUGUGGACUGCUGGAGCCAUGCCAUGUUCCUGUGGACUGCUGGAGCCAUGCCAUGUUCCUGUGGACUGCUGGAGACAUGCCAUGUCCCUGUGGACUGCUGGAGACAUGCCAUGUCCCUGUGGACUGCUGGAGACAUGCCAUGUCCCUGUGGACUGCUGGAGACAUGCCAUGUCCCUGUGGACUGCUGGAGACAUGCCAUGUCCCUGUGGACUGCUGGAGACAUGCCAUGUCCCUGUGGACUGCUGGAGACAUGCCAUGUCCCUGUGGACUGCUGGAGACAUGCCAUGUCCCUGUGGACUGCUGGAGACAUGCCAUGUCCCUGUGGACUGCUGGAGACAUGCCAUGUCCCUGUGGACUGCUGGAGACAUGCCAUGUCCCUGUGGACUGCUGGAGACAUGCCAUGCGCCCACCCCCCUUGUAAGAUUCUGGACAUAAGACGCGCACACCCUGUAGACUUCUGGAAACUAGACAACCCUGCUCUGCCACUUUAGACUGGACUUGACCUCUGACAAUUGUGAAGGACUUACUCUGUGGGUUCCUCUUCCAGCUGCCUCCUUGACAAAUUUCGCUAAAUAUUACCCAAGUUACAUUGUACAUAAACAGAGUAUUAAAGAUGUUUAAAUGCUAACUUGCAUAUGUUUGGCAUCUGACCAAAACUCUUCCUUUUAUGUGCAGAAAGUGUUUUAUUUUUGAAAAUGGGAGAAUUCCACAGCAAUGUAAAGGUGUUUAUGUUGCUAUCUAUUUAUUUAGGGUAAAUUAAAAGUCACAUUUUUGUUUGUGGAGAAGUUUUGAACCUUUUAUUUUUUAACGUUUUUUAGCAGAUGCUUUCUGUUACGAGAACAUAACUUUGAAUAUUUAUUAAUUUAAAUUGUGAGACUUGUAAUGUCUUAAGUUCACCUGCCAACACCUGUCGUUCUUCCUGUUGUCCCACCACGGCGGCAGACGUGUAUGCAGCUGUAGUUGGGUAAUCUCUUAAUAGAUAUAUGAAAUAUUUACUGUAAUACUGCUGUACCCACAGUUUAAAAUAUAAUUAAUUAUUACACAUUCAUGUACCAGAAGAAAUUAAACUUUUUUCUAAUUUUCUAAUGAAU